AUGGCGGGUCCAAGAAUAGCCUGCAUCGGCAUAAUUGGCAAAGCUGACAACCCGCUUCACAUUUCUCUCUUUCCUCCCUAUUCAGAUGCCACGGUUGAAUUCUCCUUCCUCCUCAACUCCUGCUUAGAUAUUUUUGAGAUUCGGCGCAAGCAAACCUCCAUCGAUCAGGACCUUGGGCUCCUCCAGGCUAUCGACGAAAGGCUGGCUGCUUAUGGUUGGCUCACAACUACAGGAGUGAAGUUUUUGGUGAUUGUUGAUCUUUUCGGUGAAGAGACGACAAGUACAAGGCUGGCAGGCCCUGCAGUCAGCGGCCUUAGAGAUGCGGACUUGAAGACUGCAUUCCGGGCUUUACAAACGGCUUAUAUCCAGCUUCUCCAAAACCCAUUCUACUCUCCAGAUCUCCAUACGCCUGCUCUAGGAACGGUGGAUGGGGCUUGUCAACCCAUUUCCAACCCGAAAUUCAUAGCGGAUGUGAAGCGCAUUGGCGAAACGUGGGCGCCCGGGGCGACUCUGUAA